AUGGCGGUGGACUUCCCUCCCCGCAGGCUCACGGUCGUCGUCCUCACGGCCACGCGCCGCCGCCCGGAGCGGGCGCCGCUGCUGGAGCGCGCUGUCCGCGCGGCGGCGGCGCAGCGCGUCUCCUCGGCGACGGCACUCGAGGUCCUCGUGCUCGACGACGGCCCGGACGCAGCGGGCUGGCCGUACGUGCGAGCCGCCGUCUGCGGCGUGGAUCGAGCGCGGCUGUGCGGCGCCGACAGCGCCGUCGCGGAGGGCCACGUCGCCGUGCGGUACGUCGCCGUGCCUCCAGACGCGUCGGGCCGCGUGUGCCUGCGGCUCAAGCGCAACCUCGCGCUCGAGCUGUGCAGCUUGUCGGGCACGGACGCCAUCCUCUUUUGCGACGACGACGACUGGCGCUCGGCCGACGCGGCGCAGGCGCAGCUCGACGCCCUCGCUCGCACCGGCGCCGACGCGUGCUCCGUGCAGUACGGCUUAGCCUAA